AACUUCUAAAUAUUCUCCCUUGUCUUCCCUUCAGAGAUGCACAAGAUGCAUAAACAAUUCAUAGCAGUGAGCCCCACCGACAACUUCCCUGUGAGCGCCGACAAUGGACCUCAUCCCAAGAAAUACCGCUACGUGCGCAAAGAGGGCAGCUGUAACGUGGUGUUUCGCCACGUUCCUGAGGAGUGGCUGCUGUUUGUGACGGACAUCUUCACCACCUUGGUGGAGAUCCGGUGGAGGGUGAUGUUCCUUAUCUUCGCCCUGUCUUACAUCCUGUCUUGGCUUUUCUUCGGCAUCCUGUACUGGGUGAUAGCGCUUGCUCACGGUGACACCAGGAACGUCAUGAGUGAGCCCUGCAUGUACGAGGUGCGCAGCUUCACGGCCGCUUUCCUCUUCUCGCUGGAGACCCAGACGACCAUCGGCUACGGUUACAGAGGGAUGUCCGAGAACUGCAUGAUCGCCAUCAUCAUCGUCACCAUACAAGACGUCAUCAGCUGCUUCAUUGACACCUUCGUCAUCGGCAUUGUCGUCGCCAAAAUGGCCUCGGCCCGGAAGAGGGCGCAGACGGUAGGCUUCAGCAACUGCGCCGUUAUCAAUCUUCGCGAUACCUACCUGUGUCUUUCCUGGAGGGUCGGGGACUUCCGCAGGCACCACCUGGUUGAGGGGACGGCCCGCGCCCAGAUCGUCCACUCCACAGUGCACGCAACGGGGAAAAUGGACGUGACCUACAAAGACCUGGUGAUCCAGCAGAGCGACAUCAUCCUGGUCACGCCUACCACCGUGUUCCACAGGAUCGAGACCGGCAGCCCACUGUACAACAUGAGCUUGGUGGAUCUGCGGAAAGCGGACUUCGAGCUGGUGGUGUCCUUCACCUACACGGACGACUCCUCUGGUAUGCUGCAUCAGUCCCGCACUUCGUACACCCCGGCCGAGAUCCUCUGGGGUCAUCUGUUCCAGGAAAUGAUUAGGGUGAGCAGGAGGCACUACAGGGUGGACUACACCUUGUUCAAUCACACCGCCAAGGUGCUGGUGCCAGAGGUCAGCGCCGAGGAGUACGAGCACAAGAAGCAGUGGCGGCCCUCUCCUCGGCAUACACCGCGACCUUCGCCCAGAUCUUCACCGCGACCUUCACCCAGAUCUUCCCGGCGGAAUUCACCCACAUCUUCUACAUGCCACUCUCCAAAGUCACAACAGCGGAGCCAUAAUGAAAUGCUCUUGAAACCCCCGUUGGUAACUGUGGAACUUGUGAACGACAGUUUCCCUGAACCCCCUGACUUGACCUCCUCGGGAGACCCUCAACAUCAAGACAGGUUGACUCUUCCAAAUGACCUCACGGAUCUAGUAAUGUAAGAAGCAGAACCAUGAUGUUCAAGGCCAACAUUCAGUAAGACAACGUGUUAAUCAUUUCAAAGUUCUGACUGCUAAAGAGGAAUAUUGAAGAUGCUACUUAAUGUAUAAACAAAAUAAGGGUUUUUGUUUUCAUUUGUUAGCAUGUGAUCUUUUUGAAGGGACACUUCUCCUAUAAUCUGUCUUCCAAGUAUCAAAGACUGAACCUUAGUGGGCUUGAAGAAUGGCGUCUUCAUUCAUUCCAAUGAGAGCUGCUCGUCCAGGACAGGAAUACAUGCGGGCUAAUGACGGGCUGAGCCGUAUCCGGGAGACUGUAGCCAGCUAGCAAGAGCGCUACCAAAAGUAGCCGACCAAUGACUUACAUUAUUUUGUGAGCCUUACAGACCAUAGAGUCCCCUUGUAUGUCUACCUUUGAGUGCUAAAGAUGGAAAACACUUUAAUAUUUGAACAUACUGAAAGUCCAGAGUGACACCGUGAGGAACAUGCUAACAAGGACAAUGCUAGCAUGUUGAGGUAUGUGUUGUUUACCAUCUUCACCAUCGGAGUAUGACUUGUCAACAUUAACCAACAAUAAAAAUGAAGCGUAGCUGAGGCUGAUUGGAAUUCAUUUGCAGGUAUUUAGUCAGAAACUGGAGUUGAGUCAUGAUUAUGCAACUUCGUAUUGGUGCUGUUCGCCAUAGAAAUCCACAGAAAUGAAUGGGAACCUUCUACCUGAUGCUUCGGAUUCUGUGCGUCUCCAAAUCGUGACUGAAAAUAGAAAAGGCAAACGGGAGGUUAAACUUCAGAAUACUAUGGAAGGUUAUGUGCGAGGAUACCAACGGAUGCACGGAGCCAUAUCAGUGUUAAGAAUAAACUAAGCUGAGGAAUGUAGGCAACCUGUCGUGAAGCUGUGUGAGAGUGUUUGUUUGGAUAUUCUGACCUUUCAACCCUACAGGUGCUCUGUGCUUGAUACACAGGAUAUAAAUGGUUGGUUGUGUCAACAUGGCAUUAGAAUCCAACAUACUAUGAAAUAUACACAUGUAAAUGAGUGAAAUCUUAGGGUUAUUAGAAUAUUCAAGAUGAGGUGGUUGUGGAUUUGAGGGUUAAAGAUUUAUAGUUAAGAGGGUGAAUGAAAAGUUUCUUUUUACUUUAAGUAGUGCUUGUGUGGGAAUUGUUUUAUUAACUUGUUUAUUAUGUUCAAAUUGUAAAAUGAACUUUAAAUCUAAACCCAUAAUCCACCGUGACUCCUGAACGGUUACUAAAAUGGACCUUGUAGUGGGAUUUUAUUGUAAAUUAUUGAUAUUAUUUUUUUAGGGUUGU